AUGAUUGCAAUUGUAGUAAUAAAUGGAAAGAAGUUCAAAAUGGAAGUGGACUUGGGUUUGGGAGUAUCCCUCAUUGAUGAAAACACAUUCUUCCAGUUGUUUCAGUACCCUCUCCCCAAGUUAUUGAAACCUGAUCGCCUGCGUGACUACAAUGGACAGAUUGUGUAAACUUUGGGUAGCUCUAGUGUAGAUAUCCAGUAUGGAUCUGUUAGACAGCAUCUACCCCUCAUUGUCACUAAGGGCUCGCACAAAAGUAUUUUGCGGAGAAAUUGGUUUUCACUAUUGGGAAUCCGUAUUCUAGACAUACAUAGUCUCUGCACAGAAAGUCUGGAAAAGCUUGCAAGGGAGUUUCCCCAGGUAUUCUCUGAGGAAUUAGGAACUGACUCUGGUCCACCUGUGAUGUUCCAAAUGAACCCUGCGAUAGCCCCUAUCUUUAUGAAGGCUUGGAAUGUACCUUUUGAACCGCGGCCAAAAAUUGAUGCAAAAUUAGAUUGGCUAUUGCAAGGGGUCCUCCAGCCAAUCCUACAUACAAACAGAGCCACACCAAUUGUUCUUGUUUUAAAACCUAAUGGCAGUGUUUGCAUCUGUGGGGAUUACAAGUGCACUGUUAAUAAAGCACUUAAGCAGGACCCACACCCAGUGCCUGCCAUUAACCAGUUACUGUCUGUUUUUGCAGGAGGGAAGGUUUUUGCCAAACUUGACCUUGCUCAAGCCUAUCAGCAAUUGAUAGUGGACAACAAGGCUGCUGAGGCCCAAACAAUAAUUACACACCAGGGAGUGUUCAGUGUCAGGUGCCUCCAGUUUGGAAUUUCUGCGGCACCAGGAAUUUUCCAGCGGUUCAUGGAGAAAAUGCUAGCAGGAAUUCCCAGAGUUGUUCCAUGCUUUGAUGAUGACUUGAUCAUGGGGUCAUCUAGAGAGAAACUCACUGAGUGACUCAGAGAAGUUUUACAGAGGUCUGAAAAAGCUGGUAUGAGAGUAAAAAAAGAGAAAUGUCAGCUGGGAGUUUCCAGUAUCAACUUUCUGGGAUAUCAAAUUGAUACUUCUGACAUUCACCCAGUUGAAGACAAGGUAAAAGCAAUACAUGAUGUCCCUAUACCAAAAUACAGACAGGAUCUUCAAGUAUUCCUAGGACUUCUCAGUUUUUAUCACAUCUUCGUGAAAGACAAAGCCAUCAUUGCAGAGCCCCUUCAUUGCUUACUGGAUGAGAGGAACUAUGUACAGAUUGAUAAAGGAGCAUUGGCAAUCAUUACAGGAGUUAAAAAAUGUCAAAGUUACGUUUAUGGCUGCAAAUUCAAAAUCCAAAUGGACCACAAACACCUUCUUGGAAUUUUUACUAUGGACAAACCAACUCCUCUUAUUCUGUCUUGCCGUAUGCAGCACUGGAGAAUCAUUCUAAACACAUAUGCCUAUACACUCAUGUACAAGCCUGGGAAAAUGAUUGCAAAUGCUGAUGCACUGAGCCACCUACCACUACAAAUACCUGAUUGUGCUACUCCUCCAUGAGCGGAAGUCCUCAUGCUGGAAUCCAUGCUAGAAGCCCCUCUUCAGGCUGAUCAGGCUGCUGUUCAGACUACCCGUGUCCUCAACUGGGUGUGGAGGGGCUGGCCUGCAGAGAAAUUGGCUGAGGAAUUCAGGCCAUUUUCAUCACAUCAGCAUGAGCUGUCUGCCCACAAGGGUUGCCUUUUGUGGGGAAAUUGUGUCAUAAUUUCAGAAGUAGGACACCAGAUCAUACUGACAACCCUGCACAUAGGACACCCAGGCAUUGUGAGGAUGAAAGCACUGGCUAGAAGUUAUGUAUGGUGGACAGGUAUGGACAAUGACAUAGAAAGGGUUGUGAGGGAGUACAGCAUUUGUCAAGCAACCCAUCAUAAUCCACUGAAGACACCAGUAUUCUCUUGGGAAAUGACAAGGGAACCCUGGUCAUGCAUCCACAUUGAUUUUGCUGGCCCUUUUCAAGGUAAGACCUUCUUAAUUGUUGUUGACUCGUACUCAAAAUGGCUUGAAGUGAUUACUGUCUCAACUCUUACAUCAACUGCCUCAAUAACAACUCUCCAUCAGCUGUUUGCAAUCCAUGGGGUAACCAACACUAUUGUUUCUGAUAAUGGCAGUGCAUUCACCUCAGCAGAGUUCCUAGAUGUUGCCAGCUGCAACCUCAUUUGAGCUGUUACCAUUGCACCUCACAGGCCACAGGCCAAUAGGCAAGCUGAGUGAAUAGUGCAGACUACAAAAGAUGCACUGAAAAGG